CGUUGGCGUGGGUGGGUAUUAGACAAACCGGGUUUCGUCUUCGGACCGUCCUGCGACGUCUUGUACCCAAGAAUUCACGGAAAAAUGGGAUCGAAACGGCCUUUUGAUGAAGAGACUUUUCUGGUGUUUCCCCUCAAGCAUCCAAGACAAUUUGAAUGUGAAAUCAAGUUUCCUCCAGGUGGAAGUGAGGACGACAUAAAAUUUCAAUCCAGUGAUCAACAUGUAUAUGAGAAUGGAAAUGUAAUCUCAUCUUUGAUGGAUAAGGGAUUUGAGAUUAGUGCUCCCUUGUCAUGCUUCCCUAUCAGUGCCACUGAUGAAAAUGCUAGAUGUGGUGCUGCAGUUAGCUCCUCUGUUCCUGAAUAUUUUGAAUUUUCUCACCCGAGGAGAUCAGAAAUUCAGUUUGAGUAUACAUAUUCAUCAGGGCUGAAUGGUUAUCCUCGAAAGCAAAUUCCUGUUGGACCCAAUCAUCAAGCUGAAAUUCCAGUAUGGAAGCAAAUGGAGGAGAAACAUUCACCAGGUCCUGAUUGCAAUGUUGAGCGUUUUGGAGAAAAACUUAUUGGGGAUUGCCUCUUUCCGAUGCCUGAUUCAGAGUUAUCUGCUCAUAGUGAUCUCAGGGCUGGAGAUGGUAGAAAAGACUGUCUAUGCACUGAUCAGGGUUCUGUUCGAUGUACAAAACAACAUGUCAAGGAAGCACGGAACAGGAUUAGAGAAACUCUUGGACGUGAGAAAUUUGUGCAGUUGGGAUUUUGUGAUAUGGGAGAGGAAGUAUCACAAAGAUGGACUGAAGAAGAGGGACGGGUCUUCCAUGAAGUUGUUUACUCUAAUCCUGUGUCACAUCGUAUGAAUUUUUGGGAGUGUCUCUCUCUAGAGUUCCCAUCUCGAUCAAAAGGGGAACUUGUUAACUAUUAUUAUAAUGUUUUUAUGCUUCGGAGGCGAGCUGUUCAGAACAGAUCUAACUUCCUAGAUAUAAACAGUGAUGAUGAUGAUUGGCAGGGAAUUAAUACAGGUCCCAUAGAAGUUAUGGAAGCAGAUAAAGAUUCUGUGAUUCAGCCUCUUCUUAAUCAAGGCGUUCAAGUAGACCAUGAAGAUGAUUCCACCGAUGAUGACAAUGAUAGUUACGGUGAUGAUGAUGAUGAUGAUGGUGAUGCAAGUGACAAUUAUGGCUGUGAUAGAGAUUAUGAUGAUGGAAAUGAAGGAAAUACAACAGGCAGCAAUGGUGGAAGAAAUCUUCUGUCAAAAGCAAAACUCGGCUGGUCACUCGAAGAUGGUUAUUCCAAGUUGGUAUCUAGUCACGUGGGCAAGAUCUUAGGGAAUGAUGGGGGUACAGUUACUGCUCCAAAUGGUUCAGCAGAUACAAGUGCUGCUGGACAAGAGAAUGCAUUAAAUAAUGGAUGUAAUGAGUAUGCUCGCGGUAACAAUGAUGAGUUUAUUGAUAACCUGGGCACAGAUUAUUUGAAUGAACUAUGCGAUGCUAAAAUCUGGGAUGCCAAGUGCCCAAAGAGUCAAGUUGAAGGCCUUGAUCUUCUGUCGACAGGGAAUGUGAUUGAAGAGAUCUUUGGUCCGUCCACUCUGAACAGUAAGUUGAGUGACGUGAAAUCUCUUAGCUGAUGGCUCUUCAGAUGAUCUUUCCUAAUUCACAGUUGCCAUGGUUGUGGACUUGGUCAAGAAUCAAUUAUCCGAUAAGAUUAUCUUCUUUCAACUCAUAAGGGCCUCCUAUUUUCCCCUGUAAAGUCAUUUCACUGAAUUUAAGUUUACAUGUUUUGAGACACUUCAUAUGGAAUCUAUUAGGUACUUGUUUCAUGCACAAUUCCAAUGGGGGUUGAGACC